AUGAGUGCCUCCAAAACGGAGUCUCAGAAGAUCUUUGAGAAGCUAAAACUCAAGCCCGCAAACAAGAUCUGCUUCGAUUGCGGCUCCAAGAACCCAACAUGGUCGUCUGUGCCUUUCGGUAUCUACCUGUGCCUUGACUGCUCGGCCAAUCACCGUAACCUGGGCGUGCAUAUCUCCUUCGUUCGCUCCACCAACCUCGACCAAUGGCAAUGGGAACAGCUCCGAGUUAUGAAGGUCGGCGGUAAUGAGUCCGCUACCAAGUACUUCCAAUCGCACGGCGGUUCUGCCGCUCUCGCCAGCAAGGACGUCAAAGUCAAGUACACCUGCAACGCCGCCGUGAAGUACAAGGAGGAGCUCAAGAGACGCGCUGCGCAGGAUGCGCAACAGUACCCCGGUGAGGUUGUCAUUACCGAUAUCCCCGCUGGCACUCCGUCCAACGGCUCCAGUACCCCCGCCGCUGAGGAUGACGACUUCUUCUCCUCCUGGGACAAGCCCUCCAUCAAGCGCCCCAGCAACCCCCCUUCCCGUACCGGUACCCCUCCGGUUGUCAGCCGCACUGGCUCGCCCUUCCUGAACUCCGGCGCAAACGGCUCCCGCUCCAAGUCGCCCCUGUCCGCAUCCGACAAGGACAGCUCUUCCCCUGCACCUACCGCCAUCCGCGCCAGCACUGCUGUCCGUAAGACUCCUUCCACCACCACUGCGAAGAAGGGCAGCGUGUUGGGCGCCAAGAAGGCCCCCAAGCUGGGGGCUAAGAAGAUCGGCGCCGCGGAAAUUAUCGACUUCGACGAGGCUGAGAGAAAGGCUAAGGAAGAGGCUGAGCGCAUUGAGAAGCUGGGCUACGACCCUGAAGCCGAGCAGGCUGAGGCUGAUGCUAAGGCCAAGACGACCACCACCGCUGCCACGGCGAUCGCCUCGCCCACUCCUAUCAGCCCUAGCAGGAACACCCAAGAACGCAGUUCAGGUGAUGUGGAGCGUCUUGGCAUGGGAAUUGGACGACUCGGAUUUGGACAGACUGUCGGCGUGAAGCCGGCUGCCCCGAAAAAGCCGGGCUUCGGUGCUGUUGCCCCUCGGUCUGCAGCUGAUGAUGAGGAGUUGAAGCAGGCCAAGUCUCGCUUCGGUAGCCAGAAGGGUAUCUCUUCCGACGAGUUCUUCGGACGCGAUCGUUUCGACCCCAAUGCCCAGGCUGAGGCCAAGGAGCGCCUUCGUCAAUUCGACGGCGCCCAGGCUAUCUCGAGCAACUCCUACUUUGGACGUCCUGAGGAUGAUCUUCCCGUUGCCGAUGAUACCUACGGUGAUCUUGAAAAUGCUGCCAAGGACUUUGUGCGUCGCUUCGGUAUCACCGCGGGUGAUGACCUUGAGAACCUGACGCAGCUCGUUGGGGAGGGCGCAACUAAGCUGCAAGGCGCUAUACGCAGCUACCUGAACAGCUAG